GGCGGGGCCGGGCCGGGCCGGGCCGGGCCGGGCGGAGCGGGCGCUGCCAUGGACGCUCUGUGCCGGGCCGAGCCCCGGCCCCGCCGGUCCGCCGCCGCCUCCCCGCUGCCCUGGGCCCGCUUCUCCGCCUGGCUCGACUGUGUCUGCGUGGUCACUUUCGACCUGGAGCUGGGUCAGGCCAUGGAGUUGGUGUAUCCUUAUGACUUUAGACUAACAGAGAAGGAGAAAACUAGUAUCUGCUACUUGUCCUUCCCAGACUCCUACUCAGGUGGCCUGGGGGAUACUCAGUUUAGCUUCCGCCUCCGUCAGUCCGGGGGACAGAGGACCGCUCAUUAUGAGGAUGAUGGCGAGUACAAUAGAGAAGCGCCCCUAACGCUGCAGCGGGAGUCAGCUCAUUACUUCGGUUAUGUAUACUUCAGGCAAGUCAAGGACAGCUCGAUGAAGAGAGGUUAUUUUCAGAAGUCGUUGGUGCUGGUGUCACGCCUUCCAUAUGUGAACUUGUUCCAGUCGUUGCUGCAGCUGAUUGCUCCAGAAUACUUUGACAAACUGGAGCCGUGCCUGGAGGCAGUCUGCAAUGAGAUUGAUCAGUGGCCGCCUCCUGUGCCAGGACAGACCCUGAACCUUCCAGUGAUGGGAGUUGUCAUUCAGGUGGGAAUCCCAUCAAGGGUGGAUAAGCCAGGAUCAAGCCCAGUGAAGCAGUUCAAUCAAGAGAAUUUGUUACCAGCCCCACUGGUUCUCCCCAGUAUUCACGAACUGGAUCUUUUCAGGUGUUUCCAGCCAGUGUUAAUUCAUAUCCAGAUGUUGUGGGAGCUGAUGUUACUGGGAGAGCCAAUUGUUGUAAUGGCACCAUCCCCUACAGUUUCUUCAGAAAUGGUUCUGGCACUUACCAGCUGCCUUGCUCCUCUGAGGUACUGUUGUGACUACCGCCCCUAUUUUACUAUCCACGACAGUGAAUUUAAAGAGUAUACCACCAGGACACAAGCUCCGCCAAACAUCGUUGUGGGAGUCACAAACCCUUUCUUUAUCAAAACUCUCCAGCACUGGCCGCACAUUCUUCGGGUUGGGGAGCUCAGAAUGUCAGGAGACCUGCCCAAGCAAGUUAAGGUGAAGAAGCUAGCUAAACUAAAAACUCUAGACACGAAACCAGGAAUCUAUACUUCCUAUAAAACAUUCCUUCACAAAGACAAAACCCUGAUAAAAAGAUUACUAAAGGGCUUGUGCUUGCAGGGGAUUCAGCGGAAACGCCCGUCUGAAGUCCAGAGUGCCCUUCUGAGGCGUCACCUCCUGGAGCUCACCCAGAGUUUCAUUAUUCCCCUGGAGCAUUAUAUUGCAAGUCUGAUGCCUCUGCAGAGGGCCAUUACUCCAUGGAAGAAUCCCCCACAGAUUCGUCCUUUCCGUCAGGAAGAUUUCAUGAAGACCCUUGAGCAUGCUGGUCCCCAGCUUACCUGUGUACUUAAGGGUGACUGGUUAGGCCUCUACAGGCGUUUCUUCAAGUCUCCCAACUUCGAUGGCUGGUACCGCCAGAGGCACAAGGAAAUGACGCAGAAGCUGGAGGCCCUUCAUCUGGAGGCCAUCUGUGAAGCGAACAUUGUGGCCUGGAUGAAGGACAAGUCUGAGGUGGAGAUUGUAGACCUGGUGCUAAAACUCCGCGAGAAGCUGGUCAGAGCCAGGUGCCAGCACCUCCCUGUGAAGGAGGAGACGCUGCAGCGGGUGGGCCUCUAUGUCGAGACCGUCAUCGGCUCCUUGCCGGAGGAUCUGCAGACUGUGCUGCACCACCCCUGAGCACGGGGAGGGGACUCUCGGGGAGGAGGACGGGCCCUCCCUCCCACCCUGCUCCGCGCUGUGAGCACCUGCAGCUGCCUUUGGAAAGGAAAGUUCUUCCCCGACCCAGGCGGCACGACCCGAUGUGCGCCUUGCUCACAACUGUGUGUGGGCUCGAGCGCGUGAGGCAGAACCGUGGCGGAAGGCGGGGAGCCGUGCGCGCCGCGCUCUGUCUGGCCCCGCUGUAGGAGCUGGAUUAGGGGACUGUAAAUGAGAAACUGUUCCCUGCGUGGCUGUUAGUAGGUCAGAAAGCGACAGCCAGGCUUCCAGCAGCAUGCGAUAGGCUCUGCAAAACGUGUUGCCCGUAUAUCCACAUCCAUCUGUGUCUAAUGCUUGGGCUCCCAAAUCUUCAAUGCUGUCAUCCGGCCUGGAAGAAGCAGGACCAGCCCUGCGGGGGGGGGGGGGGGGGGGCGCUGUUUUCAGGACAGCUCCUGACGAUAACGAGAGAGAUGCCAGUCCCCCACGUACAAAUGAUGUGAAAAAAUUGGCACUGCCCGUUCAGCAGCCUGACUCAUGCCGGCAAGAGCUUCAGCUGUGAUGGGAGUGGGAGGAUGAACUGCUGGUCACGGAAUGCUGCUGGUUUUGUUCCAAGGCAGAGGCAGAGAAGAAGGGGCUGGUGCACCUGCAAGGAACAGAGCUCUCCCGCGACCCCGGCGGGGUGCUGUGCGAAUGGCAACAGCUACUGGAGCUCCAGAGAGAGGAGCUGGCCUCCAAGCGUAAUUUAUUCUGCUUGAAAAAUAAAGUUUGUGUGCUCUAAUAAUA